AUGCGGCAUGCCUGGCUGGCCGCCGCCGUGUGGCUUGCCGCCGCGCUGCCCGACCAGGAGGACGACAGGGCGCUGCAACCUGGCGUCCCCUGCGACGAGUGGGACGCGUCCACUGGCACCUGCUUCUUUCGGCGACAGGUGGGCGACACGGUGACACUGUGGCUGCGCAGUGCUGGUACCGGCGUGGGCCGUGUCACGUGGCGACGGCGGUACCGCGCGUUGGACGGGUCGUCGUCCCACGGCAGCGGAGACGCUGUGGUCGAGCUGCGACCGGACACGGCCCCGUGGAACGUGGCCAUCGGCGCCGGUGAGCUGCGCAUUUCGCCCAUCACCGACUCGGACCUGGAGCCCAACAGCUGGGAGGCCGUGGCGGGACCCCUGGGCAACCUCAGCUUCCGCCUCGAGCUGCUGCCCGUCGACCUGGGGCCCGUGUUCCGCGGCGACCAGCUCACCAUCAACCUCGAGCACUACCUCACGCUGCCGCUCGAGUCGCUGCACUUCCGCUGGGACUGGGACUACCAACCACUAGCCACCAACAUGCGGGUGAGCCGGUCAGGCCGUUCGCUGCGCAUCACAGGCCUGCGGCGAAGCCAGGGCGGCCUGCUCGCCUGCUCCGUGUACUCGUCGACGGGCCUUCUAGUGGCACGGCGCCGCUUCAGGCUGCGCGAACCCAUCGAGGAGCCCUUGCCCGAACUGCAGAGCCCGUUCCAGUUGCAACAAAUCGGCAGUCGGGUCAAGCGCGGCGUAGUCGAAGCAGACACCACCGACAGCCGGCUACUGGCGCCCUGCACCAGGCACACGCAGUGUGGACUGCACGCCUCGUGUCGUGCGCGCUACUGCGUGUGCGGCGCCGGAUACGUGGGCAACGGGCUCUUCUGCUGGGAGUCCGCCGCUGCUGCAGCAGCAGCGGGUGGCGGCUAGGUCGUCUUCCCGUUCGUUGUGCUUGAACUUGCCUGCGUCAGUCACAUCGCCAUCGCUAUCACGGUGAUAACUCGAAUGAAGUUGGCGCAAUGAGAUGCACCAGCUGACCCGGGCGCCUGCGCACUAAUUGUCAGUGGUUCUUCCCGGUUCCUCUCAACGAUGAUGUGCUCUACCGCGAGCGCCGGUAUGUUGCUUCAGGGCCUCUGUAUUCGCCAGCGUGCAUUCAGCACAAGUACAGUGGCACAGCACCUGCAGAAACUGUCACGCCUUCGAGUCGUGGACAACAGCGCACUGGGUCGCCAGGCCAUGAUGGAUGGAAAACCACCAAAGAUCAUCCAUGUCUACAACAAGACUGGCUUUGC